CCCAGCAACCGCGCCCCCUUCCGUCUCUCGAAGGUUGAGCAGGAGGCAUUGGACAUCUUUGUGGCAGAGCUGCUGAAGAAGGACUGGAUCGAAGUGUCGGACUCUCCAUGGGUAUCAAACAUCUUUGGCUGGCUACAUUCGAACAAUCCGCACAUGCCCAUUCGAUGGGACAUUGACUAUCGCUUGGUGAAUGCGGCCUCAGAGGUUGCCAAUAUACCGCUGCCGCACAUCGAGCAGCUCUUUGAUCGGAUGGUGGGAGCAGUGAUCUUCUCGAUUCUCGACCUCGCCAGUGGAUAC